AAUUGCUAAGUGUUUACAGCUAACUUAGAUUAUAUUGAUUCUCAGGUUCAAAUGUGAAAAAAUAAAAAAUUGGCUGAAUGAAAUACAAAAGAGCAUAAAGUUUCACUAAUGUUUUAUUUCGGUUUUUCAUUUUUGGAUUUAGAAAUCACGUUUUAUUUGUUUCUCUUGAGAAUCAGUGACCGGUGGUCACCAUAAUUGAUUAUUUUUAGCCCUACUUUCUGUUUCUACCAUCUCAUUGUUUUAACUCUGCACGUUUUGCGAGAAACAUUAAUUAUUAUUAGAAAGGAAUUUUGGGUUGUGAAUUCAAACUAGUAGCAAUUUUAUAUUCAAACAUGAAUUCAUUUGUUUCUCAUAUCCAAAGCCUGAAUCGCACAUUCCUGUUUAUGCCCAUCCGAAAGUUGUCCUGUUAGAAGCCGGAAAAAUUCAGACAAAUUUCUUGGUCUAUUUAAUGGAAUAAAUACUGGCAAUUAGUAAUAUGCCAUGUUUAUAAAAUUUGUAGGUGAUAUUAGGAUGCUGAGGAAGUGUUUUACUUAAAUUUUUACUAUACGAGGAGUCCAGGACAAUUUUAUAAUGCAUUUUUAAGAAAGAAGUAAUAUCAGUAUAUCACUAUUGAAAAUUGAUAUGCAAGUAGUACAUAUCUUGUUACCGUGUAAGAAUUUUUCCUUGUACUUUUAAGAUUUAAAUGAAAUGUCAGGGAGUGGUGUUCAUUACCAAAGAGUCGGAUAAAUAUCCCUUUAAUAUCCAAGGAUGUUUCGUCAUGAUUCUAUUCAAUAAGAUGAUAGGAAACAGCUGACACUAUUAGAUUUUCUUGUGGAUGCAGGGAAACAAUCAACUUCUUUUAGCACUAAGAACUUGUAAGUGGGACCUGAAACGCCCAUUUCUUUGUACUCUGCAGUUUAUUAGCUGUUGCAUUAUUUGGAGUGGCAUUACUUGACUUUUCAGAUUAUAGUAAAGUGUUGCGCACCUUAUAUUAGAUAGAUAGUUUCUGGUCAGUACCAAAGUUUUCAAAAAUGUUCAGACACCUUGAAUGUGUGUUGUACAAGGUGUUCAUUAGGACCCUCAAAACUUCCACUUUGAGUUCCUUUUGUCAAGACUUACGCCUUAAUUUUAAAGUGCAUGGGGCACGCAUAGAGGUGGCUGAGGUUUUCUCCCCUUAAUCCUUUUUUUAAGUCAUGUUUUCCCAACACGUUUUGAGGGUUCCUCCAGAUUGUUUAAAUGCGCCUCAACUCUAAAAAUUAGAAACAAAAGAAUAGAAUAUUGGAGAAAAUUAGAAAAUAAUGAGUGAAGGGAAUGUGCUUAGCAUAGCUUUGUACUCCUACAACAGAAUACUAAAGAAGAGAACUUGCAACUCUUUGAUUGCUAGAGACCUCCAACAUAUGUCUUUGCAUCUUGGUAAUCUGUCAUCUCGCAUUCGUAAAGAUGAAUUGGAACGUGUUUUCCGAAGGUUUGGUAGGUGUACUGUACGGAUAAAAGACAAAUACGGGUUUGUAGUUUAUGAUUACCCUGCAUGUGCUGAAAAAGCUCUGAAAACACUUCGAGGCAAAAGAAUUUGUGGAGAGCCAAUAACCCUAUCGUGGUCAAAUAGGCAGCGUCAAGCCUUGCAGCUAUUUGAUAGAGGUGGUAAAUCAUACAAGGCACCACAAGAAAGGUACUCUGUCAAAGAUAGGGUGGGAUCAAAUGGUAAAUACAAUCACAAUAUGGAAUUCAAGAAAAUAGAUAGUGAAGGUAGAAAGCCUGGUUCUUCUGACCUGGUUGAUGAAGCAAGAAGCUACCCUUCCAACAAUUUGAAUUGUUGUGCUGGGGAAAAAGAUCGUGCUGUUUUUGAUGAUUCUCAUGAAGCUAGCGGGAAGAACCAUAUGGAGGAUGAUAGGUGGGGAGAGCAGGUUUUGGAUCCAUCAAACGAAAAUGGUUUAGAAAAUGGAUUGGAGUUUGACCGUUAUGAACCUUAUUACAGUGAUGACAAAAAGGAGCAGAAUGAACUUCAAGAUGCAUCCUAUUUUGGUGGUUCACCCACUAGAACGAAGUCUCCAGAGAAAACAGGCUUUGGACAAAAUGAUCAUCAUAAAAUUUUGGAUCAUCUCAGCAAUUCAAAAUCUCGAAAAACGUGCUAUGCAUGUGGUAAAGUGGGUCAUGAAAUGCGGAAGUGCCCCUCACAGCUGGAGAGACCCAGAACAAGGUCUCAACUGCCGAGUCAAAGUAGUGAUGCUGCUCCAAUGAGGCAUCAGAAAAACGAUAGGGAGCCAUCGACUUCAAGAAAUAAUCGGAGAUUGCUUAGACGUGGAGGUUCUCCCUCAGCACAGCUUACUUCCAGACAUAGGAAACAAAAGUACAGGGAGAACAAUCGAAAUAAGACAGAUUGUGAAAGUCCAGAUAGACACCGUUCAAAGAAAGCAAGGGUUCUGUUGUCGUCUUCAACCCACUCUGAUUGUACUGCAUCCAGAUUGCAGUCACCUUCAAGAUCAAUAAGCUCAUUCUCUGGGUCUGUUUCCCAUUCCAAGUUCAAAUCAGCAUCAUCCAGAAAAAAUUCCCCGUCCGCUCAUUCGUGGUCUUCAACAUCAUACCAUUCUGGAUCUAAACCCUUCAUGUCGAGGUUGACAUCAAGCUCAAACUCUCCUACAUCUUUGGCUUUACCGGUAGCACUCGAUAGAUGUUUUUCUUCGUCACCAAAUAAAAUGCAAACAGAUUACAGGGGAGACGAAAAACUGGUAAAAGGUGUCAGUGGCACCAAAUCUGAAAAUAUUACAGUUACGGAAAAUGAAUCUGCAGCCGCAGCAUUGAGAGAGGAAGGAAUGAAAAAGGAUCUUGCCAUAAGGGAAGACGCACACAAUAUUGCCUUCACCAGUGAUUCAUGCCAACUGCUAGAGUCCUAUAACACGCAGUCAGACAACAGUAAUCACAAUUGGGAUAAUUUGAUGUUGCAAAGUGAGAAAGAGAUGAGGGAAACUCCAAAUGAGUACUGUGUGGUGGAACAUACAUCGGCAAAAGAGCCUGAAAUCUCCGUGAGAUCAAAUGCUGCCCAGUCAACAAGACUGUCCUCUGAGGAAAUGUACACGGUUCUAAAACAUUAUCGACUGGAGCAUCCUGAGGAAGAUAAAAAGGAUCUACCUGCUGAAACGUAUCUAGGGUGUGCUCGUACAUGGCCUUGGGAGAUAAUAUACUAUAGAAAACUGAAGAAGGGUGCAAUUUCAGCCGAGAACUAUGCACGGAGAAUUGCUCAGAAUAAAGAGUUCUGUAUCGUCGAUAAUUACAUUCGUGGCAGUAGUGGAUGGGGAGAAUUGGGUGAAGAUAAUCCUUGAGCAGUUGUUCCGUUGACUAGUACAUUAUAUUCAUCGUUGCACAACAGUUUUGGACCUGAAUGAUCGUCCCUUGCAAAUUUCUUGAGACACGUAACGAAGCCUUGAUCAUAUACUUGCCAUGUAAUUCUAUGGUUAUGUUUUGCUACAUUUAAGAACCCAUCCAUAUCUGCUCAAGAAUAUAGACACACAAUGCUAAAGCUUCCGACUUUCUUACCGCCUUCAAGUGGUGAUGUGUUCUGUAGAAACACAUCUUCCAGAGUAGAAACAGAGGCAUUAUUGA